AUGACAAAAUGCUUCACGAAUACAUCAUUUUCUUCUCUCUCGCGUAAACACGUUGCGACCGCUCUCUGUAUCUCGUUCGCUGUCGUCUGCUUCUCACCUGCGCUUCCAUCCUCAUCUUUUUCGAGUCCGCCUCCUCAGCGCCGUGAUUUCGCUACCGCCAUCAUCUUCUUCGAGUCCGCCUUCAUCUUCUCGCAUCGCCAUGGCUUCACUCUCAGACUAGUCUCUGAUCCGCUAUCUGCAUCGACUAUACUUGUCUUCAACAUUCACAGCAUCAUCACUUCGUUCUCAUUACACAACGGCUCCGUCUCAGACUCAACGGCUCCACCAUGGAAGCAAAAUGCUGCUGCUCAACUAUCAAACUCAAAUCAUCAGUUCGCCAAUCAUCACCUUCUUCGAUUCAUCCUCUUCUCAACGAUGCUCCAAUGGCAUUUCAACAACGCCGGUAACGAGAAAACUCAGAGAUCAUGUUGCGUUGUAGUGGUGGCGGUGUUGACGAAGAUUGAAGAAGAAUCGAUGAAGCUUUUGCUGAGGAAUUCAGAGAGAACUCACUCAGCUCUGAAACUUACAUUCUAUACGUCGCCAUCAACACAGAGCUAG